AUGUCGGAUCAAGAGUCUUCCAGCAACACAGCAGCGGCUGUCGCGGCAGCGAGCCCUACAUCAGCUGGAGAAGAUGCAGUCACAGCUCCAGCUUCCUUGGCCAAAGACAAUCUCGAAGAUGCCUUGUUUGGCGACGAUGACGAAGAGGACGAGCCAGUCCGCGCCGUUCAACGAGGCAAUGGCCGACAGAAGGACGAAGAUCAGCCAGCUACUGCAGACAUUGGCGACGACGAUGAAGACGACGAGGACGAGGGCAUCCGCCGCAAGGUGCGCCGACCUAGACAACGUGUUGACUCCGCCUCGGUCUCUCCCGGUCCUACCGGAUCCAACGGCCUCACCGCGCCUCCACCGCUAGACCCCUCCUCUCCCGUCCGUGGCGGCGACGCUCGCUCCGACAGGUCCUCCCGCAGCGGAAGCCCAUACGGUCGCGAAGGAUCCCAAGAGAUGGAUGAGGACGCUCGACGACAGCUCGAAUACAAAGAAGACGAAGAAGAAGAUCUGCCAGCCGACGACAACAUCGAAGUCGCCCAUCUCGCCCUUCCACAGCUCCCCGUUCGUAGGACCAAAGAGCACUGGCUGGCGAGGAUACCUCAUUUCCUGCGCUACGUCACCACUCCUUUCGACCCUAGCACCUGGGAUGAAGAGCAGGAAGAGACGAUGCUGCUCGACGAAGGCUUCAACGCGGGAUUCGGCAACGACGUUGGUGCUGCGAGUCUGCUUCGUACUUCGAAUACCAUUCGAUGGAGGUACACUGAUCAGGUGGACGAGGACGGAGCCAAGGUGCCGGAGUCCAACGCCAGGAUCGUGCGAUGGAGCGACGGCACCAUGUCCCUCCAAGUGGGCAGCGAGCUCUUCGACAUCACGCAGCAGACCGAGAAGGGACGAGUCUCCACAACGAACACGGGCACCAACACGCCUCAGCUCAACUCCAACUCCCAGUCCACCGGUCCGUCCACGUCGCUGCUCAAGCAAGCGACGCAGAGCAUGCCUAUGGGCUCUUCCGGCUCGUCGAACCGCCCCGCCCAGUCGCUCUCCUACCUUGUCGUGCCGCACGAGCGCGAGCAAGUGAUGGAAGCUCAAGGCCCCAUUGCCGGCUCUCUCGCCUUCACACCCGCCGACACGCAGUCGGAGACGCAUCGUCGCAUCGCCAAAGCCUUGCGUUUCCAGAAGACGGCGCGUGUCGUCGCUUCCAACGCACGCGAGGGCGCGCUCGAUCCCGAAGUCGAGAAGGCUCGCAUCGAAAAAGAGCUCAAGGACGCCGAGAAGAAGCGCAUUCGCGAACGCGAAAAGGCCGAUCGCAAGAGUGGAAAGCUGGACGAUGACAUGUAUGACGUCGAUGCACGCAGGAGAAGCCGCUAUGCGGGCGGGAGGAAGAUGGGUGCCGGUCCGCGAAACACCGACUACUACAGCGACGAGAGCGAUCUCGGUGGUGCUGCCGACGAGGUGGGCGGCAGGAGCGCGAGCAAGAGAGGCGCAGCAUCCCAGAGGUACGCUGAGGAGGACGAUGAUGGUUUCAUCGUUGAUGACGAAGGUGACGAUGAUGAGGAUGAGGACGGCGGCCGUCGUGGUGGCGCUGAUGGCGGACGAAGGAAGAAGAAGCGCUCGUCUGAGGAUGAAGACGCCAUGGAGGUGGACACUGAGCCGGAUGAGAUGGAGUUGGCCGAGGCUAAGAUCGAGGAGGCGGAGAGGGCUAGGAAAAAGGCUGCGGCAGGUGAAGGCAAAGAGAAGCGCAGACCUGAGCCGGCCUUCUCUUCGGACGAGGAGGAUGAGCAGGACGCAGAGGGCGAAGAUGACGCUGCCCAGGGAUCAAGCCAGACCAUCGCAAAGAAGAAGCGCAUCAUUGAAAGCGAUGAAGAGUGA